AUGCCCCAUACGUUAGUAUCUUCUUACAUUGCACCCGUGCGAAACCGGGGCGGGCGGGACACUAAAAUAUGGAAAGGCCGCAAAGAAGUCGGGGAAAAGCCCAAAAGAACAUCUCCAAGUCCGAUAAGAAAAAAGAAGAAGCACAAGAGGAAGGAGAGCUACGCAAUCUACAUUUACAAAGUGCUCAAACAAGUUCACCCGGACACCGGUAUAUCCAGCAAAGCCAUGUCGAUCAUGAACUCGUUCGUGAACGACAUAUUCGAGCGCAUCGCAGCGGAAGCCUCCCGUCUCGCCCACUACAACAAACGUUCGACCAUCACCUCUAGGGAGGUUCAGACCUCCGUGAGACUGUUGCUGCCCGGUGAACUCGCGAAGCACGCCGUCAGUGAAGGCACCAAGGCCGUCACCAAAAUACACCAGCUCCAAGUGAGGAGAACCGUGCCGUCGUCGGUGUCUGCCUGCCCCGCCACCGCCAUCUCCAUCACAGCUCUCUCUGCCCUCGCCACUAAAGCUGCGCGCAAGAGCGCACCGGCAACGGGCGGUGUUAAGAAACCCCAUCGCUACAGGCCCGGCACCGUCGCUCUCCGUGAGAUCCGUCGCUACCAAAAGAGUACCGAGCUCCUGAUUCGCAAGCUUCCCUUCCAGCGGUUGGUCCGCGAGAUCGCACAGGACUUCAAGACCGAUCUUCGAUUCCAGAGCUCCGCCGUGAUGGCCCUGCAGGAAGCUAGCGAGGCUUACCUCGUCGGUCUCUUCGAGGACACGAACUUGUGCGCGAUUCACGCCAAGCGCGUCACCAUUAUGCCAAAAGACAUUCAAUUGGCACGUAGAAUUCGCGGUGAACGCGCU